CUCGAACUUUCGAGGUUAAUUUCACAAUGGAGUGAGGCCAAAUUUCAAGUUUAAGUUCAGCAUACAAGCAAAUUUGUUGCCUACAGACCCGUGACUGAGGCUGGCAGGAUUACACUGACUGACAAUCACUUCCUCGCUUGGCCCAAUAUCAACUUUGAAAUUGGGUUCGCCAGGCGAAAGUGAAUCAAUGACAAUUGGAAUAAUCGUACAAUAGCAGAAGAGAAAUACGGCCAAUCAACAAUCAACAAUUUGCCAUACGAUAUAUAGAAAAUCGCAAUGACUCAAUAUAAAUAGCGGAUACGGUUCGAUAGGAUAAUUAUAUGGCACAGGGCAGAGCAUAUAUAUGUAUUUUGGCCUCUCAUAUAUUGUAGUUCCUCAAGACUUUAUCGUACAAACCAUUGACUGAGCGAUUCUUAACCAACCAAGCAAUGUCGAAGAAUUUCGGAAAGUCCGCAGCAACUGACGCACCUUCCUUUACAUUUAACGUCGAUCCAAACCCAUCCACAAAGAAGAAGGAUGGAACGUAAGUUUCUUUUAUUGAAAAUUCACGUGAUGAAUGUAACAAUGCUGAUUUAGGAAUGUACAGACCUUUCAAACCUUGUCCAAGGACCGAUUGCGUCGGACUUCGAACAAAGCACAAGCAGCUCGAAUGGCAGAUCAAAGAAGCAAACAUAACAAUUAAGGCAACAGAAGGAGUCGCGAAAGCGAGGCUCGCCCAAUCUGAAUCCUACGACCAAAGACUUCAAGCUGCACACAUCGAGCUUGCAGCCUUUGAAUCAAUCGUUGCGCAAUUGGAAGCAAGGUAUAUUGAAGAAAAGCAGAAGAACGAAAAAUACGCCGAUCUCGAAGCAAAGUACAUCGAAGAGGAGCAAAAUCUUGAAGAGAAAUAUUUUGUACUGAAGCAAAAAAUGGCCCAGACAAGCGCGGAAGACCUAGAGCUCAUCAGUGAGCUUCGGAAACAAAUUGCGGAUUUGAAGCAAAAUAAUCAGUCCAUUGACGCUUACAUCAAGCACGCCGAAGUGCAGAUCGCGGAGCGAGAAGAGAAGUGCAAUGUAAGGGAUCAAGACCGCAAAAAACGGGAGGAUGAGAUCCGGGAUUUGAGAACGAAAGCUCUCACUUACGCACGUGAAACGAAGAGAUUGACCGAGGAACAUCAAAAAGCUCAAGAUGAGGCUGCCAAGCUGAGAUUUGAAGUUACUAGCACUCGGGAGGCGAUGGAGGAAUUACAAACAAUUCAUGUACAAGAGAAGGCAAAGCUCGAAGAGAAAGUCAAAGUUGAAGAAAAGAGACUCGAAGACUUCAGAAACGAUGCUAGGGAGAUCCAAAAAGAAAAUGAGGAGGCGCGUGCAGCUUUAGAGAAGACAGAGGUAGAAGUAAAGGAACUUCGCGUCCAGCUCGAAGUAGUGACCGAGGAACUCAAGACUAAGCCCUCCACUGGACGAACGAACGAAGACCAAUUAGAAUUGGCGGGAUAUAUUGAUAUGAUAAAUGGACUCAUCCAACAGCUGAAAUCCCUUGAAGAAGCUCAACAGCCGCGUUUCGACACGAGACCGAGAGCCUAUAAGGGCACCGGUGCCGCUGGUGGAAAACCACCUUCAGAAGAAGGGGAUUCAGCUAGCACUAGAAGCACUUCUUCCUCCGAAGAUGAAAGCACUGAUGAUGAGGAGGAAGAUAAAUUACCUUUCAGUGUACAAUUAAUCCACAAAAUACAAAGACUUCGUGGAGAUCGCGGUCGCGAUUCCGGCUUUGAUCGUAAGCCAAUCAUCCAAAUCAAAGAGGUCCACGUCCCCGGUCCAGAAAUCAUCGUCAAGGUUCCUGGUACACCUGUCGAAGUACAGGUCCCUGUCCCUGGUCCUAUCCAAUAUGUCGAUCGCGAAAUACCUGUUCCGGGACCUACUGUGUACGUCGAUGUACCGGGUCGGGAAAUCCAAGUCCCAGGACCAGUUCGCUAUACGCCAUUCCGAGUAUUCGCUCACGAUCCCAUCGUUUGCUGGUUCUUGGUCGAAUUCAAUUUUCUCAUCCUUUUUUGCCACUGGCUGAAGCGUAUUUUAAGUGUUCUUAGUUAUAUCCCUGCAACACUCCUUGCUAGAUCCCCAUACGUCCCUUCACCUCCUGAGGAUGAAUCGUCUUCGGAUGAAUCUGGAGCUGAAGGAGCUGCCGACGCUGAUAGGACACCUCGACCUGCGCCAUCGCUCCUCUCAGUAUUGUUCAAUCCAAGGCGUGGAAGACUACCAGAUACUUGGCAUACUUUCAGGGGCUUGGCAUUUCAUGGGGUGGUUUAUGGUAUAAUUUGGUUAUCCUUCACGGCUGUGCAUGAACGCAAAGUCUGGAUUGCAGAAAACGAGACUUCCCGCAAAUGGCUUCAACAACUCCUUGCACAGAAGGGCUCUAAUGGUUUCCUUGGCUUGAACCAAAUCUUACCCCAGACCAUCAAUCGUCAAUUGGACAUAUGGAGAUUCGAUCUUAUGGAGUACCUUGGUAUUCCUGUUACAUUCCAGUUCCCUGGUUGAUAUCUACAGAUGCAAUAUUAAGCUGGUGGUUCAACGCUUGUUUGGGGAUGGAUGGACGGAAUACCCUGUAGUAUCUCUUUAAAAUGUUUUCAUGAUUCCCUUCCGUACUUGGAUUUACUUUAAAUAUGUUUUCUUUCUGCUUGUUUCCUGUGAUGCAUCUGCUCGGAUUGAUAAAGCAGAAUGGGGUUAUUACACGAGAGAGAUACAGUCUUAGGAUAGUACAAAAAGCCUGGUGGCCCGACUGGUUACUAGAUACUAUACAGUUAUCAUUUUCUGCUGAU